AUGGCAAAAUCCAGAGUCAUCUAUUGGUUUCGUACCGAUUUGCGAUUGCACGAUUCUCCUGCACUCAAGGCUGCUCUCGACCUCGACCCUGAAGUACUAUGGCCGAUCUUCACCUGGGAUCCUCACUACGUGUAUCGCGCACGAGGGGGACUGAAUAGAUGGCAAUUUCUCCUCGACUGCCAGAAUGAUUUAUCAACCUCCAUCACCAAGCUCAACUCCAAAUCCAAGCUCUUCUUGCUGCGUGAAGCUCCGCAGACAGUCUUCCCCAAAAUCUUCAAAGCAUGGGGUGUCACUCAUCUAGUUUUCGAGAAGGAUACCGAUGCUUACCCCCUUGAGAGAGAUGCAAUUGUCAAGGCUGCAGCCAAAGAUGCUGGCGUCAAGGUCAUUACUUGCUCCGGCCGAACGCUAUGGGACAGCGACGCAAUCGUUGCCAAAAACAAUGGCAAACCCACAAUGUCUACUACGCAACUGCAGAGUGCGGGCAAGAAGCUAGGAGCUAUAGAUCGGCCUAUUCCUGCACCGUCGAGCCUGCCGGACCCAGGUGAGAUGCCGCUCGAUUUUGAGCAUGAGCAACCAACUAGCAAGCCAGAUGCCAACUCGGAGCGCCGCACAAAAAAAGACACGGAAUAUCGGAGCAUAGCUGGACCAAAAGGCGACUUUAGCAUUGAAACCAUGGAGGAGCUGGGCUUUCCAUCAGCUACCACACCGCACAAGGGCGGAGAAACACGCGCACUCAAGCUGCUAGACGACAUUGCCAAGGACAAAAAGUAUACGGCCACGUUUGAGAAGCCAAAGACGAGUCCCGCGCAGUUUGAGCCGCAGUCAACGACUCUAUUGUCGCCGUUUCUUCAUUUCGGAGCCCUCUCCGUCCGAGAAUUUUACUGGCGCGUGCAGGACAUCGUGGACAAGUACGGCAAAGGUGCGUCUAUGCCGCCGGCCAGCCUCACCGGGCAGUUGUUCUUUCGCGACAUGUACUUUGCGGCACAGGCAGCCAUAGGGCCCAAGUUUACGCAGACCCUCGGCAACGAUCAUUGCCGAUUCAUCCCGUGGCACCUCCCCUCCAAGGUGGACGAGGAGACGGGCCUUAGCACUGGCGAAUACCGCGUCGACUCGCCCGAGGCGGAGCAGUGGUUCCAGCGCUGGAAGGUCGGCAUGACCGGGUUCCCGUGGAUCGACGCGCUGAUGCGCCAGCUGCGGCACGACGGCUGGAUUCACCACCUCGGCCGGCACUCGGUUGCGUGCUUCCUCACUCGCGGCGGUUGCUACGUCGACUGGGAGCGCGGCGCCGAGGUCUUUGAGGAGUACCUGCUGGACCACGAGCCCGCCUGCAACGCCGGCAACUGGCAGUGGCUCUCGUGCACCGCCUUCUUCUCGCAGUACUUUCGCAUGUACAGCCCCGUCUCGUUUCCGCAAAAGUGGGACAAGAACGGCGACUUUGUCCGGCGCUGGGUGCCGGAGCUCAAGGACCUCUCGGCCAAGUACAUCUACGAGCCCUGGAAGGCCCCGCUGCUGGACCAGAAGCAGGCUGGCGUGCGCGUCACGGGCGACGGGCUCUCGGGCGACAAGGACAAGACGUACCCCAAGCCAAUGUUUGACUUUUCGAAGCGGCGAGAGGUGUGCCUCGCGGCUAUGAAGACGGCGUACGAGGCGAACCUCCUCGGCAACGACGAGCGCGUGGCGGAUGGCAGCUGGGCGAACUUGUUCCCUCCGCACGGCGAACACGCUAGCAUCCGGGAUCUUGAGUUUGAAAGCGACAAUGGCGAAGACGCGGACGAAGGCGAUGCGUCGGACGAUGCAAACACUGGACAGAAGAGAUCAACCAAGUUGCAGCAUAUGCCAGCGAAGAAGCAGAAAACAUGUUGUACAAGAAUGGCCCUGUGGAGCUUGCUAGAAUUCCGCCCUGUUAUCCGCGAGACGUGCGAGCUCCUCCGCCCAAAGUCGAUGAUCAGCAGCGUCAUUCGCGUUGUCUGUCUUGGCUGCCCUAUCCAGCUCUAUGGCGGCCAUCUCCUCAAAGCACUCGAGCGCGCCCGUGCAACCCGCCUUGAAGAGGUGCUGCAGGGCUGCCUCCGGGUCGCUGCCGCGCAGCAGUCGGCCGAGCACCGGCUCGGCCUCGAUGUAGCCGUCGUCGGACAGCUGGCGGAGCAUGGCCACGGCCUCGUCUGUGCGGCCGCGCCGGCCCAGCGUCAUGCCCAGCGCCAGCCGCGCGUUGGGCUCCCAGUGGGCGAAGGCGGCACUGCCGCCAGUGCCCGCGUGCGUUCGCAGAACCUGGCGGAGCGCCGCCUCAGCCUCGGCGUACUUGCCCUGCUGGUAGAGGAUCUGUCCCUCAAUGGCCACGGCGACGGGGUCACCGCUCUGGACGAGUGCGCGGAAGCGCUUCUCCGCGGGCGCCAUCGCCGCGUCCUGACCGUACCGGCCGGCGCGGGCCAUGACGGCGAUCAGGCUACACGUGGACGGCGCGUACCCCCAGUUUCCGGCGGUGAACCAGAGCGCCGACGCGAGACCGCUCCGACCGCCGCGGGACACUUCCAUGACUAUGCAGCCAAGGUCAUGCAGGACAGCGACUCCUGGCGAGAACAGCUGAAAGGGGCUGUCGUGGUCGCGGACAUGGAGUGUGAAGGCGGCCAAGCUUUCAUAGUACUCGGCUGGAGAGAGGAGAUUGAAGUCGUCACUCCUGUCGCGUAUGAGAGAUUCGACGACGGAUGGAGGUAG